UUUUAGUCAGACGCAGGUGGUAGGCUCAGUCGCGCCAUGCGGCAAACCUCAGGUGCCCCACAGGCUCGGGCUGGGCAUUGUACGUUUUCGUUCUGCAUGUUCAGUGAGGGGUGGAGCCCCAGUAAGCAUGACAGCCAAGUGAGACAUUUCGAAAAGGCUCUUGGAGUAGAGCGCCGACGGCAAGAGGGAGGAAAAGCCGUGCGGAGCCUGUCUGAGACACCGGCUGGGUACCGCAGAUGCAGGGCGCAUGCCUACUAAACACCCUGGCAUUAGCAAAAAAAAAAAGGGGUCAAUUUUUCCCCCGUGGACGAUUGUACGCAUAUAUCAAUAUAUAAAAACUGAUUUUCGUACAUAAAUUCCUUUUUUUUUCUUAGCCCUCUGCGUGUCUGUUCUGUAGCGUGGGUUUUUUUUCCUGUUCGAUUUGGGUAAACGAUGCUGCCUUGUCCAUCUUCACCGAUGCCGGUGAAGGAAACCGAAGGCGAUGAAGAAAUAGAAGCACAGAAAGUAAAAAAGGAGUAUAAGCGACUCACAGAACAGCGAGAUGAGGCCGAGAGGCAGCUGAAACACAUCAAACGAGUUUCACAAAUGGUUAUUGAGGAAGUGAGCGUUCUGCAGACGCAGCUGGAGAUUGAGAAGUCCUGCAGAGAAAAUGCAGAAGCUUUGGCAACGAAGCUUAACUGUGAGAAUAGGAAGCUGAAAUACCUCAGCCUGACAUCAAGGCCCUGUCUGGAUGAGCUCCUGCCCAGCAUCUCGGACUGCAUUGCACUGGAAGAGGAAGCUGAGCCUCAGGACCCUAGCCCUGACCCCUUCACCCAGUACCAGCAACAGGUCAAAGACCUACAGGAGACUGUGAGCGUUCUGCUGGAAGAAAAGAAACAGCUCACCUGUCAGCUGCAAGACCAGCAGAGCCAAAUUGAAGAGCUGACCGCACGUAUUGAAAAGGAUCAGGCUGAGAUGAAGGAACUCCAUAAAACUGUUGAGCAGCAGAGCAAGACUAUCAAGAGGUUCAACAGAGUCUCAGUAAUGGCUGCUCAGGAGUAUGAGGACCUGAGGGAGCAGUUGGAUCUGGAACAGAGCCUGAGGCAGAAAGCCGAGUCCUACGCUCAUGAGAUGCUGGUCAAGCAGAAGGAAGCCAACAGGCAGAGCAUGAUUCUUCUGCAGCAGGCAGACCCAAGCCUUCAGCUCCUCAAAGCCCUGGAGGAUGUGGCCAGUAUCACCAAAACACUGGAGGACGAGCGUCAACAACACCAGCAGAAAGUAAAGGAAUUGGAACUUGAGCUGCAAGAGUCUGCCCUCCGGCUCAAGCUCUCAGAGCAGCAGAAACACCUGGAGCUGGUGGAGGAGGAGAAGCGGGAGGCAGAUGUUCGGAUUCAGCAGCUGGAGGAGAAGAACAGCCAACUGGAGAGCCAAGUGCAGGAGCUGCUAGAUGUCCAGAAGACCCAGCCGUCAGAACUGGGGACAGACCUCAAGAAAAGAGACUCACUCAUUGCAAUAAUGAGAAAAUCCUCAAAGAACUCCAAAGGACCUCUCAAGGCUGAACCUGCACCUGUGAGCGGGCCAGUGGAUGAUGUGAAGGUGAAAGCAGUAAAUGAGAUGAUGGAGAGGAUUAAGCAUGGGGUUGUGUUGAGACCUGUCAAGGGACAAGACACCAAGAGAUUUGGUCCUAAGCAGCCCCAGCCACCUGAAGAGAAACAACAGGAGAGUGCCAUGGAGGAACUGAAGGGCAUUUUGGACAAUGUUAAGAAGAGCCCUAGCAGGGGGUUUCCUGAAGUAGCUCCUGGUAAGAAGGACAGUGAACUGGAAGUGAUUCUGAGGAGGCGACGGAAACAAGCCUGUGACCCUGAGACAGGAGAUGACAAGGAGAGUGAAAUGAGCAAGGUCUCCUCUUCUGAAAGCUUGAAUGCCAGGCACAGUUCAGAUUCUGGCAAGGAGCCUAUUGCAUCCUGCAAUGAGGGCAGUGUGCACAGCUCUCGGGCUGACAGGGGCACAGGAGAAGUGGUGGCUAAUGGCUGCUAUGGCAGUGGUGAGGACAAUGAGAAGAAAUCAGCAACUAAGUGCGCACAACCUAACGGAUUUAGCCAUGCUCUUCCAAACCGUGAUAAGCAUGGCAUCCAGACUGCAGGCUCUCCGGAUGGCCCCCUCCCUGUGAAUGGUAGCACUGAUGCUGAGUGUUAACCUCAGCAACAGGGCACAGGCAAAUGGCUGGGGUAGGGGGAGUUGGGGUGACAGCUGCACAAUUUGCACACCAUUUAAAGAACAAAGGUUUUUUUGUAUGUUUAGAUAACAUGAUUUCAAAGCUUUAGGUUCACUAGAUGUUUUUAGAUGCACAUGCUGUCUGCUAGCGGGGGUUGGUGUCUGCUUAAGGAAUGCACUGUUGUUUGGUAUGUAAUGGAUGAUAUUAAGUUGUUUUGUCUCUCAAUCUUUUAUUAGACUAAGGCACCGAAAAGCAGGAGAGCUCAAAAUUAGGUCUUCAAAUGAGUACCCAAGCCACACUAAAUUAUCUUAUACUGUAGUUCCAUGAAUUUGUAAAAGAUAGGGUUGAAUCCCUAUUGUUCUUACUGUAGGUUUCCCGUUUUGAAAGUUUUGACUUAUAAUCAUAUUUUUGUGUUAACUUAUUAAUGCUUUAUUGGAAAUCAGGAUUUGCUUCAUAUAAGAAAAAAAAACACAAACACGUUUUACUUUCAAACUUAAUUUAUUCUUUAACUCAGUAGUUAAGGUGUCCACAUUCCACUUAAAUGCACUGCCUGACAUUUAAACAAAAUAAAAAAAAGUCACACAAUUAUAUGGUGAACUAUGCUAAAUUAUAUGCAAUGCUAACUUUUGUGCACAGAUGUCAACAAAACAGUAAUAUACAUAAAAGGUUUGCAGUCCUGUCGAUAUUUUUGGGACAGCUUUGUCAGAUAAGUUUAAGUGUCUUCUGCCUACCUCCUUGCAAGAGAAUUCACUUGCUUGUCAAUCCAAAAAUUGUAAACCAGAAUGAAAACACUAAAGGCUAAGGAAACACAAAUGCUAAAAAUGUCUUCCACAUUUCACCAAAGAGGUAGUUGUACUGCUUUGGUUACAUAAUAUUCCAGAGGUUCAGCACACUUUAAGUGCUGUGAGUUCCCUCUGUUCUAGAUACAAGGUGCUACUGUAUAUAUUCCAGUUCCAUUAUCGUUUCAUUGCUGGAGUAUGGCUACAUGUAGCAGGCCCACCAAUACAAUCUGGAAGCAAGAGUAUCCCACCAAGACCUAUGCUAUGCACAGAGGUAAAGUCUAAAUAGCUCUAUGUGUUCAACAAGAAAAAGCCUUUAAGUCUGUAUUGCACUAUUAGUUUUUAGGUAAUUGUUCUCAUAAUUCAAAUCAGACACCUCUAAAAAGAUUUCAUAAGUGAAAGUCUGAAAUACUUUUUUUUCACUACAACAAAUUAAGCCUGAAGACACCACAUUGACAAAUGAAACUUCACCUGUGCUCUCUCAGUGCUUAUGCAGGUUAUUAGUGAAUCGCAGCUGUUAAAAUGCUCCCAUUGAACAAAACACCAAAUAUACCCUUUAGAGUUUAUGCAUACUCACCUGUUUAACUGAAUAUAUAGAGGUUGCUGUACUCUCUUAUCAUUCAUGAAUUUGACUACUGAGGAGUUGCUGUGUAGAUGUUUUUUUUUUCUAUAGUCCCUUUUUUGGAGGGUACUGAAUUUUAAGUUCAAGUAAAUAAUUUCAAAUCAAGAACUAAUUUCUAGUAAAACAAGAUAAAAUCUCCUAAAAGUUGCUCCCUAGAGACCAUAAAUAUUGUCAGCCUCCCUUUCAGGUAGUCCAAGUUCUAAAGUACUGUUAACAUUUUGAAGUAAGCCUAUGUCUAUUCAUUAUGUGGCCAGAUGUUAAUGGAACAGUAGACUUACUAUUACAUUUAACCACAGUAUAAUGUAUUGCACCUGAAUGUUCACCUUUUUGUUGCCAUCUAAUGUUCUGUAACACUGUAUGGUAGUGGUUUGUGUGAAUAUGGGUUUGCUGGCUCCAGAUUACAGUGUACACUUGAGAUGUAAAGACUUGCAAUGUGGUAUCAUCCUAUUCUUAGGUUUCUAAAACUCUUCACCGCUUUCCAUUAUUCAUAUAAGUUUUUUUAAAAAUUUGCAACAAAUAAAGUUUUGGCAAUUUGA